AUGAAGUCGACCGAAAAGAACAAGGGCUCAACGGCGCGAAGAAUUCUCAAUAUACAGACGGAUACUGCCAACAAUGAGCUCAAACAUGAGAUCACUGCAGGUCUCAAUCCUGGCGAAGGCAAGGAGAAGACCCUGCCUACCCUGCUAUUAUAUGAUGUUGAGGGUUUAAAACUCUUCGAACGCAUCACGUAUCUCGACGAGUACUAUUUGACAGGCGAAGAGAUUAAGACGUUGGAGCGUCAUGCCAGGACCAUGUCCGAGCACAUCGAAGACAAUUCGAUGGUGAUAGAGCUCGGAAGCGGCAAUCUUCGGAAGAUCAAGAUCCUUCUGGACGCUCUGGAGAAGGCCCAGAAAAAUGUCGACUACUAUGCUCUUGAUCUGAUGGAGUCAGAACUGGAGAGGACGCUGGCAGAAGCACCUCAAUAUCGGUAUGUAACCUGUCAAGGAUUGCACGGCACCUACGAUGACGGCCUGGCCUGGGUUCAACAGCCGCAGAACGCCAACAAGCCUAAGACGAUCUUGUCCUUGGGCUCCAGCAUCGGGAACUUUGAUCGUGGCUCUGCAUCCAGCUUCAUAAGAUCUAUUUUUGCUGCCUUGGGACCGAACGAUAGCGUCUUAAUUGGCCUCGACGCAUGCCAAGAGCCAGACAAGGUUUACCACGCCUACAAUGACUCCAAAGGCAUCACGCACAAAUUCAUAGCGAAUGGCCUCAAGCACGCUAACACACUGCUUGGAAGCGAGAUUUUCCGUCUACCCGACUGGGAGAUUCUUGGUCGCUAUGAUGAGGCAGGCGGGAAGCACCAGGCGUUUGUUGCACCCAAGCGUGAUCUUGCCGUGCUUGGGGUCUCCAUCAAAGCCCACGAGCAGAUUCGCAUCGAAGAGAGCUACAAGUACAACUCUGCUCAGGCCAAUGAGCUCUGGAACCAGAGUGGGGCCCUGCAGAAAAUCAAGCUUUCGAAUGACGCAGGUGAUUAUGCAUUGCAUUUAUUGAAGAAGCAACCAAGAAUCAUGUUUCCCACCAAGCCCGAUGAUUAUGCAGCCCAGCCUGUGCCGAGCCUUGAUGACUGGAGCCAGCUUUGGAAGGUGUGGGACCGGGUCACGCGACAGAUGAUACCAGACCAAGAGCUCUUGGACAAGCCUAUCAAGCUGCGCAAUGCUUGUAUCUUCUACCUUGGACACAUUCCAACAUUCCUUGACAUGAAAAUUACUGAAGCCACCAACACACCUGCAACGGAGCCGAAGUACUUUUACGACAUAUUCGAACGUGGCAUCGAUCCUGACGUCGACAAUCCCGAGCAUUGCCACGCUCAUAGUGGGAUUCCGGACUCAUGGCCUGAGCUUGAUGUUAUUUUGACUUUCCAAGACCGCGUGCGCCAACGUGUCGGAGAUCUGUACAAGACGGGUAGAGUCUUCGAGGAUGCCUGGACUGGCCGUACAGUGUGGCUUGGGUUUGAGCACGAGGUGAUGCAUCUUGAGACGCUCCUGUACAUGAUGUUGCAGAGCCGUUGGUGCAACCCGCCUGCGACUGCUCCUCAGCCGGACUUCGUCAAGCUUAAUGAGCAAGCACAUGCUGCCGCUGUUGAGAACAAGUGGUUCGACAUUCCCGAACAAACUAUUGACCUUGGUCUGGACGAUCCCGAUGAUGCUGAGGGGGCUGUUCGACACUUCGGCUGGGAUGUAGAGAAACCGAUCCGGUCAGUGACAGUGCCCUCAUUCAAAGCCAAGGCUCGCCCUAUCACAAACGGCGAGUACGCACGAUAUAUGAUCACCACCGGCAAGACUUCUGUGCCUGCUUCGUGGGGUACUGUGGAAAGUGCUAGUGCUACUGAAGGCAUGGGUGGAGAUAUGAACGGUAACUCCGACCUGCAUUAUUUCACUCGUGGUAAGGCAGUUCGCACAAUGUACGGUCCGGUGCCACUUCACCUAGCAUUGGACUGGCCCGUAUCAGCCUCAUAUGACGAGGUCUCUGCAUGUGCACAGUACAUGGGUGGCCGCGUGCCGACACUUGAGGAAGCUCGAAGCAUUUACUACUAUGCCGACUAUACAAAGAAGAAAGAAGCAUCCAAAGCUCUUGGCAGGACAAUUCCAGCAGUCAACGGGCAUCUUGUUAACGAUGGCGUCGAGGAGACACCACCAUCCCAGCCUUCAGUCAACGGCUUCAGGGCUGGAAACAGUCCUGAUCCCAACGAGCUCUACGUCAACCUCGACGAGGCGAAUGUCGGCUUCAAGCAUUGGCACCCAGUCUCAGUCACUCAGAAUGGUGACAGACUCGCCGGACAAGGCGAAAUGGGUGGCCUCUGGGAAUGGACUAGCUCAGCUUUGGAGAGGCAGGAAGGCUUCAUGCCAAUGAAACUCUACCCUGCAUAUAGUGAUGACUUUUAUGAUGGAAAGCACAAUGUGGUGCUCGGAGGCUCAUGGGCAACGCAUCCGAGGGUUGCUGGGCGGAAGUCCUUUGUCAACUGGUACCAACGCAACUACCCGUACGCUUGGGCAGGUGCCCGCCUCGUGAAGGAUGCUUGA